CCGGGGAGUGACUCGACAUCGAUCCAUCCCCUGUUGGUACAAGUUGACAGUGGGAGGAAGACCGAAGCGAUCUGUCAAAAAUUGUAGCGGAACUUUAGUAGUCAGUAUUUCGGUUGAUAGAAAGUGACGUUGUAGUAAUGGACGACGGUAAAAAGUGCCGUAAUGAAAUGUUACAUUGUGUUUAAGAAGUACAAGUUUGUCAGCGAUGUAAAUUGUUGAACCGUGGGGAAAAAAUAGGUGUUUGAUGUGAAGUGCUGAUUAUAUAGUCUCGCCGAAUACAAGAUUUUUCCUAUUAGGCUCUAAAAGUUUCAUCGCAGAAAUGACAGCCAUAGAAACAGGGAAGCAGCACAAGGAAAGGCUAAUAUGGAAUGUAAAGAGGGAGGUAAAACAAAUAAUGGAAGAGGCUGUAACACGCAAGUUUGUUCAUGAAGAAAGCAGCUCAAUAACAUCUCUAUGUGGAGCAGUAGAAGCUUGUCUUUCGCAAGGUUUAAAACGACGUGCUCUUGGUCUCUUCAAAACAAGCUCUACCACAGCACUUAUUCACAAAGUUGGGAAGGUCUUUGAACCAGCUGCAGUUGUCUCACAACUUGUGAUGCAAGCAGAGGCUGUGGAUCCAAAUCGGCGUUCCAGUUCAAGUGGCGACUCCUCAGCACUGCAGAAGAAUGGUUCUCAGACUUCACCACCACCACCACCUCCACGAUACCUAUGGAUUCGCAUAGCACUUUUUGAGAAAUCUUUGGCCAAGAUAAUUGACUACUUGGUGCAAAACAGUAGCAAAUACUAUGAGAAAGAUGCCCUUGUCGCAGAUCCUGACUAUGGCUCAAUCUUGAGCUCCCUUCUUGUUGGCCCGUGUGCAUUGGAUUACUCUAAAACAAAGACACAGGACCAUUUCUGGACUGAUCCUCCAGCAGAUGAAUUAGUGCAAAGGCAUCGUAUAUCAACAGGUCAGAGUACCCCUCCUCCUCGGCGCCGUACUGCCCUAAAUUUUGGUCGAAGUUUACAUGCGGUAGGGUCUGAGGAAUGUGUACGGGCACUACCGCUCUCAGCAAAGGAUUAUGUUGAAAGCCUGCACCAGAACAGUCGAGCCACUCUACUUUAUGGGAAAAAUAAUGUUCUUGUUCUUCCUAAAGACCGGACUGAACCUCUGCCUGGAUACUUGUCAUUACAUCAAACUGCAAGUUCUCUUACCAUAAAAUGGACCCCUAACCAGUUGAUGAAUGGAUAUUCUGAAUCAGACAUUUCUGAUAAAAGACGUGGCAGUCUGCCUGUAUCAACAGAGUCAUCUCGAAGACAAACUAGUUUUCGUCGAACAUCAACAAUAUCACAUUUGUACAUGUAUUGGGAGUAUGCUAUGAAUGUACCAAUAGAAGAAGUCGUCUAUGUUCAUUGCCAUCAGCAAGCUGACAGUGGUGGAACUGUUGUCUUGGUGAUGCAAGAUGGAGUCCAGAAACCUCCAAUACAUUUUCCUUGUGGAGGUCACCUUUUGUCAUUUCUGUCUUGCCUUGAGAAUGGUUUGCUACCACAUGGACAGCUGGACCCCCCACUAUGGUCACAGAGAGGAAGAGGCAAAGUUUUUCCACGUCUUCGAAGAAAGGGGCGAGCUCCAGCACAACAAGAAAGUGAAUCAUCUGAUUAUGUAUUUCGUAUUGUCAGCAAGACAAAUCAUGAAGACUUUUCAGUAGCGGGCACUGAACUGAUGGAUCCGUGGCCGUGGCGUAACAUACCUGAUCCCCAGCGGCUUGUGUCCACGUCUACCGCGAGUAGCUCCACCUCAUCAUCGAAGUCAUUGAGUCUUGAUCCAGCACCAUCAACACAUAUUGCAGAUGCUGCAUCACCUGCACAAGGUGACCCUAUACAGCAAGUAUGUACCUCAAUGAGGCGACAGAUAUCAUCUAGGGCAUUCUAUGGGUGGCUGGCUUAUUGCCGUCAUCUGCGCACAGUUCGAACCCACCUCUCAGGACUGGUGCUCACAACAAUAGUGCCAUCCAGUGAUGCAGAAUCUGGUCUGACUGCUGAACGUUGGGCAGAACUAUCUAAGGCUGAAGGGCAAGCAGCAGAAAUAUUUAGGCUUACUUAUUAUGGUGGCAUUGAACAUAGCAUUCGUAGACAGGUAUGGCCGUAUCUUUUGGGACACUAUGAAUUUGGUAGUACAGAGGAGACACGUAAUGAGCUGGACCGUCACACACGUCAGAUGUAUGAAACAACAAUGUCAGAGUGGCUAGCAGUUGAAGCUAUUGUGCGACAGCGUGACAAGGAAGCUAUGGCGGCCAAUCUGGCAAAAUUGUCUUCAGAGAGCACAAGUGCUGAUGCACCACCACCUACACCAGCCAUCAACAAAGAACUUAGCAAUGAUGUGUUUGAAGACAAUAUUAGUGAUGGUGCAGACAUAAGUUAUGGUGCACAAUUAGAGGAACAGCAGAAUGAACAUAAUCAUCUGGAAGAAAAGUUUGCAGCUCAAUGCGCAGCAGGUUUGGGGAAGCUGACAGCAGAAUGCAUUCGUCGAACUAGUGCAGUUGACUCUGAUGAGGAUGAUCCAACAUCUCCAGAUGAAGGUGUCGUAGAGGAUGUUGAGACAGAAUUUUUGACGAACAAAGCCAACAACGAACCAGUUUCUGAAAAAGUGUCUACUGAAGCAAAGACAGCAGCACAAUCUGGAGCUGUCAUUGUGACAACGAAUCCAUCACUUGACAGUGGCACACAUUCAGAUCCUCUAGCUGAUGACAUGGGGGAGAGAACGCUUGAGACACAUCCUGAAGAACACGAUACUCUUGCUGUAGAAGAGGAGGAGUCUGCUCGCUCUUCCUGUGUAUCCCCAGCGAGUUCACAAGGUGGAGUCUACUCGGCAGAACUGCUGGAAACAUUUGGCUUGAAUUUACAUCGCAUUGAUAAAGACGUUCAGAGGUGUGACAGAAACUACUGGUAUUUUACACCUGAUAAUCUGGAGAAGUUACGAAAUGUUAUGUUCACGUAUGUUUGGGAACAUCUGGAAGUUGGCUACAUGCAGGGAAUGUGUGAUUUGGUUGCUCCUCUACUUGUCAUCUUUGAUGAUGAAGCCACAACAUAUGCUUGUUUCUGUCGUCUCAUGGAACGAAUGGCAGCCAACUUUCCCCAUGGGGGAGCUAUGGAUACACACUUUGCCAAUAUGCGGUCACUGAUACAAAUACUGGACUCCGAGAUGUUUGAAUUGAUGCACCAGAACGGAGACUACACUCAUUUUUAUUUCUGCUACCGCUGGUUUUUGCUGGAUUUUAAGAGAGAACUGGUGUAUGAAGAUGUCUUCAGUGUUUGGGAAACAAUCUGGGCAGCAAAGCAUGUUUCAUCAUCACAUUUUGUACUUUUCAUUGCAUUAGCUUUAGUGGAGACCUAUCGGGACAUUAUACUUGGUAAUAGCAUGGACUUCACAGAUAUCAUCAAAUUUUUCAACGAAAUGGCUGAACAUCAUAAUGUGAAACUCAUACUAAAUCUUGCAAGAGAUUUAGUGCUGCAGCUGCAAACACUCAUCGAAAAUAAAUAAUAUUUUUAUGCUUGCAAAAGUUAUUGUAAUUAAUAGGAUAUACUUUAAGCACUAAAGUACAAAAAUUUAUGCCCUCAGUGUUGGUGAAUGAAUUGUUAGAAUUGAAACUAAAUAACUGUUUUGUUUUUUAUCAGGGCAUUCACAAGUCUGAUCUGUCAUUGCCAAAUCAUAUUUAAGCCAUGAUUGUAGUUUAAAGAAUGUAUCAUGUGCGAAUUAUCUGUCAACAUGAAUGGCGUGCUGAUAAUACAGCACUCUUCAGUAAUGAAGUUUUGGAUUGAUGUAACGUUUUUUUAUUCUCCUUUCAUUGAAAUUACCAUUAUGAAACUGUCUUCAAGAAAUAGGACAAUGUUUUUAAAGACUGAAAAUUAUUUUCAUGUCUUAAUUCCAUUUUCAUCGAUGGUUUUUUCAUAAUUUAGAUGACUUGAGUUGCUGGAAGUUACAAAAAAUUGCAAAUAAAUAUAAUGUUCGUAAUUGUAUAUGUAUUCUGUAAAAAUGAAAAAAGGUUAGUCUCUGUACUGAUCUUUGCUAUUUUGGCUGCGAACAUUCUUUUUCUUAUUAUGAAUGUAUGAGCUACUGUAGUGUGCUAGCAUAUAAUGGAAUAACCUCAUAUACACAAAGCACAGUAUUAGUAAGUAAAAUAUUUCAUGGACUGUCAGUGCAUUAAGAAAAGGUGCUUGUGUAAGGAAUAAGGAUUGGUAUUUUCCCUUUCUGUUCGAUGUCUGCUUUUUAACUUAAGACAAAUCUUUGCAGCGAAGAAUGGUGGAUAUUUUGUAACAUUUCUGUUGAUCAGCCUAUUAUAAGCAAUCCAAUAAUUUGAGCUGUUUAACGGGCAAAUAUGAUAAUGAUUUCUAAAUUGAUUUUUAUUAUUACAUCAUCUUGCUGAGAUUAAUAUUUUAUUGGAGAAAUUGAGGCAAAACACAAAAGGGACAUUUUGAGAGAGAUAAUUUCACAGAAAGAUAUGUUAGUAUGCAGUUGUUCAUCUAUUUAUGUGUAAAGAAUCUCUUUCAGCAUAUUGUUGUUAUAAAAAUAUAUUAAAUGUUAAAAUUUAAAAAGUAUAUAUGAAUAUUUUGUUGUAAUUACGCUAGUGGUGGAAUUCUUGGGGGAGUUAGUUUUUAAUUACAAGAAUUGACUGAAAAAAAUAUGAAAAACUGAAAAAAAAUAACAAGCAGGCCUCAUUAUCUUGUAGCAUGCUUUAGAUGUUAUGUCUUCCUGAUAAUAACUGAAAUAUAGAAAGUUAUUGAAUGUUCGAUGUUUUAACUUUGAAGGUGAUAGAUCCAUUAGCAAAUGGCAUUUUUGUAAGUACUGCUGUGAUCGAGUAAUUGAUAAUGUGCAAACGUGGUAUGUGAGUAAUUUUAUUCGUUGAAAGCCUUCAUAUUGAUAAGUUACGGCAUUCUUUGCCUUCUUUAGAUGAUGGUUUCAUGUCAUCUCAUUAAAGCAUUAUUAUUAUGAAUACUACAA